AUGGUCUCUGUGCUGCGAAACGUCAAGGCAACGAUGGCCUGGCGCCAGCACCAACUCCUGGCUGACCUCGAUGAGAACGAGAGCCCCGCAGCCGACACGUUCCGGAGAAGGGCUGCUUUGAGUUCUCUCAAUACCAUCCGCAUGUCCCUACGGAAGCGAGUACCCCUAAAGCAAGUAGAGCUGAAUUUUCCAAAGACCCCAACCUGGGAAAGUCUGGAAGCAAGACAGAAGUGCCAAACCCUCCAGAGUAUAAAAAGAACAGCGAAAAACGCUUUUGGAACAGUGUCCCAGAAAAUACAGAAGUCUUGCCCUUUGGUGACCUUUCCAGCCGAAUCCAUCAGCAGAAGCCGUGCAAGCAGUCCUACCAAGAAAAGAAGCACUGCGCCUCGAACCCCUUGCCGUAAGAAAAGUGUUACUCCAGCAGGCGCUUCCAAAGGCACCCCACGAUCCAGCAAAAGCGCCUUGCUUGGGCCAACGAGGGCCGCAGAACGCAGGGAAUGGAGGGGUUUCUCAUCCUGGCUUGGUAAAGACGCCGUCUCGCUCCGGAGACCAAGAAGAGCAGCAGCGCUGAAGAGCCCUUAUUCAUCGCCUGCUCCUGCCGGCAGGAAGAUAGAGCUGGACUGCGAGCUGGAUCUGAUCUCCUCAGGGAUUUGCCAGCUGGAGCGCCGAUCUCAGGCAUCUGAUGAUGCCGUUGUGCAAGAGGAGAGGCGACAGGCAGCAUCCAACGACUGUUAUCUGAUGGCACGAAACCUACAGUCUGCACGUCGGUCUCGGAAACCUUCUCAGGCUAUCGGAAGUCAGGCCAAGGAACUCCACGGAGCGCUUGGCAUCUGA